GGAGCCUCGGCGGCGGCGUCCCUGAGCGGUUGCCGCGGCGGCGGGGAAGAGCGUUGGGCUUACCUCACGGCUUUCUCGUGCCAUUGCGCCUCCUCCGCCGGCUUCCUCUUCAGACCGCUUUUGCUCGGGCGCGCCGACCGAUUCCGUCAUGGCGACCCGCAGUCCCAGCGUCGUGAUUAGUGAUGACGAACCAGGCUAUGACCUAGAUUUAUUUUGUAUACCUAAUCAUUAUGCCAAGGAUUUGGAAAAGGUCUUUAUUCCUCAUGGACUGAUUAUGGACAGGACUGAAAGACUGGCUCGAGAUGUCAUGAAAGAGAUGGGAGGCCAUCACAUUGUGGCCCUCUGUGUGCUGAAGGGGGGCUAUAAAUUCUUUGCUGACUUGCUGGAUUACAUUAAAGCACUGAAUAGAAAUAGUGAUAAAUCCAUUCCUAUGACUGUAGACUUUAUCAGACUGAAGAGCUAUUUUAAUGAUCAGUCAACAGGGGACAUAAAAGUUAUUGGUGGUGAUGAUCUCUCAACUUUAACUGGAAAGAAUGUCUUGAUUGUUGAAGAUAUAAUUGACACUGGUAAAACAAUGCAGACUUUGCUUUCCUUGGUCAAGCAGUACAACCCCAAAAUGGUUAAGGUCGCAAGCUUGCUGGUGAAAAGGACUUCUCGAAGUGUUGGGUAUAGGCCGGACUUUGUUGGAUUUGAAAUUCCAGACAAGUUUGUUGUUGGAUAUGCCCUUGACUAUAAUGAGUACUUCAGGGAUUUGAAUCAUGUUUGUGUCAUUAGUGAAACUGGAAAAGCCAAAUACAAGGCCUAAGACGAGUUCAAGUUGAAAUCUGCAAAACAUAAGGAAUCCCAUUGAUGUUGCCAGUCAAAUUAGGAAGCAUUCUAGUUCUGCGGCUAUCUGCUUAGGAAAACUUUUUGCAUGAACCUUAUAAGAAUUUUAUGUUUUUUUUUAUUUUUAGAAAUGUCAGUUGCUGCAUUCUUAAAGUUUUUAUUUGCACUAUGAACCUAUAGGCCAACUAUUGGUUCUCUUUGGUAGAUUGUCACGUACCUUGUGAACAAAAUAAUCUCUUAAAUUACCACUGUUAAAUAAGACUGAGAUUAUAUGUGUAAGAAGCAUUUAAAGAGAAGAUAUAUUAGUUUUUUAAUUGGUAUUUUAGUUUUUAUAUAUUCAGGAAAGAAAGAUGUGAUUGAAUAUUGUUAAUUAUACCACCAUGUGUUUAGAACAGUCUGAAACACUCAGUUUCAUGUCAGUAACCAUCUUAGAAGUUUUACUCAGUGGAAUAAACGUAUGUUUCAGCAGUGUUGACUGUAUUUUCCCACUUGGAUUAGUUUAGUGAAUCGUUGUCAACAGUUUCUUUUAAAUGCAAAUAAAUAAAGUCUAAAAAAUUA